AUGGGUAAUGAUGGAGGAAGUAUCCCUGACCGUCGAGACCUGGUCAAGAACAAAGCUAAGGCAGAGCAGCCAGACAAAGCUAACCAGACACGAGCGAGAUGGUUCUUUUGUGCAAUAUCCAAGGCACGUCUCCACGGACUCUCGACUUUGUUCCACAGUCAGACUCAUACCGAAUUGCAGCGCCCGCUGGAAGAGCCGAUAGCCUCCUGUCCACUAGGCAAGCUGUAUAACAAAGAUGCGGUGAUAGAGUAUCUAUUGGACAGGAACGCUUAUGGGGACGGCGAAGAGAUAUGCGGACAUAUCAGGUCAAGAAAGGAUUUGACAGCGCUCAAGCUCACCCGUAACACGAGCAAGUCGCCGGUGUCUGACAGCGCAGACCGGGCAUCCUUCAUGUGUCCUCUGAACUACAAGGAGAUGAACGGCUCGCAGCCCUUUGUCUACCUCUUUACAUGCGGCUGUGUCUUCUCUCUGUCCGGAUUGAAGGCAGUCACGGGUUCUGUUCCCAUGGCAAUGCCGACGCCGACGCGAAGGGCAAGGAGAAGGGCAAACGACGACGGCAAGCAGCUCGACAUGUGCCCCCAGUGCGGAGCCAAGUACGACCGAACGACCGACGUGAUCAUGCUCAACCCGCCCUCAGAUGAGGAGGAAAAGAUGCGUGAAGCCUUGGAGCGGCGGCGGGCAGCGGAGCCACCGAAGAUGAAGGGCAAGAAGCGGAAAGCGAAGGCCGAGGACGCGGAGGGUGCGGGCAACAAGCCGGUGGAGAAGAAGAAAAAGAAGCAGACAUCACCCAUGCCCAGCACGAACCCGAGCAUCGCUGCGGCCAGUAGAGCUGUUACGCAGAGUCUCGCGGAGGAGGAGGUGAAGCGGAAGGCGACGAUGAGUCAGGCGGUUAAGUCGCUGUACGAGCCGAAUGGCAGGAAAGAGACAUUAUGACUAUGGGCACGUUUACCAGGGUGAGUAAUUGUUCUUGUUCGUUAUCCUGUUCGUCGUAGGCUGACAGACUCA